GAAUGCACCAAUUGAACGGCCAAGAUACAUCAAGAACUUGGGGUCCACUGUCGGUAUCGUUCGCCGGAAGGCAACGCCCCUGUAGGGUAAACCCUGCACAAAACCCUCCUCUUCUUCUUCGCAGGCGCGCAGCUCCGAAGACGCAACGAAAAGAGAAGGAGAGAAAAAUGUCCGCUGCUUCUCUCCUGUUCCGAUCAAGGGUUUCGGCUCGGACCAUUUCGAUGGCUCUGAGGCCCUCCAAGAAAGCGAUCCAAUUCGAAAUAUCUCAAUCGACGUCGAGCUCAUGCUCGCAGAUCUCGUCUCCCAGGAGGCGCAUUUCUUGCAUUUCGAGGUCAGCGACGUGUUCGAGCUGUUUGGUGUCGAUGCUGCCUCUCCACAGCGCGAUUGCUUCUGCUCGUCUGCGAUCGGUCCUCUCCGCGGAGUCACAAAGUUGGGGAAUGAUUCCGCAAGGCAUCUCCAUGCCUUUAUGACGGCACAUGGCGGUCAUCUUGCCUGGCACUAGACACUUCUCUGUUGGGCAGGGGACAGAACUGCAUGUUGUAUUUGCUCGCUUCUCAUACUUCGGAAACUAUUAUUCAAAUUCAUGAAGGCUUUGUUGGUAUUGUAUGAAGACAUUUUAUUUUUUUUGGAUUCUCAUAUUCUACUAUAAACUGUUUCUCUGCUCUUAUACUCACUUUGGUAUGGAAAGCAGUCAUUGCCAUUUUGAAUAACUAAAUACAUUAUAGGAUUUGAUGAAAGAUAGCUGAAACAAUUGGUUCAAAUAAGCAA